GAGCGCGAAGCAGCCCUAUUAGCUGAGGAGGCAGCAGCAGCAGCUUAAGCGGAGCGCGCCGCUCGGAAAGCUGAGAAACUACGGAAGAAGGAAGAGGAACAACUGGCUAUGGCCAAAGCAGUCGAGGUUCAAUUGUCCUUACGAUUGGGCGACAUUCGCGAUGAAAUCAAGUCCGACGCACGCAGGGCGGUGGCUGGAAGUAUCGUUAAGAACUUGAGGCCUACCCAAGUUACUACGAUAACGAAGGGGAAGGAGAAGGCAGUCGACGAGUUACCCUCUGCUUCGGGAGCGUCGAGCGACAUAGAAGGAAUUACAGCAGGAGCCGAGAACCUGACUAUCCAGGAGAAGCGGAAACGCGAUGUUGAUACCCCGGUGGGGAAUAGCCCACCUGUCACGACACCAGCCAAACGAGUGAAUCAGAGGCAAGGGAUUCGCCCUGUUCGCUUGUCGGAACGCUUUCAGCGCACUCGGACCCGUAUCUCAUUCCGCAGAAGCGCACGUACAAAGGCGUUGACAGCGAUGAAAGCACCGGCUCGAGAUACGAUAGUCGAGCGGAUGCUGUACUUGGACAAUACACGCCGUGAACUAUCCAAGAUGGACUGUGACCAACUUCGUGCGAUCUGUCGUCAAGAAGCCGGUUCAUACUCUACAAAGGUGCUGGCAAUUUUCGAUAUUGUCGAUCAACGAGCGAUUCAGCAGUUCGGUGACUUGUGUGGGAAUCAGGAUGCUCUUGGGAAUCCCGAGGGAACAACUGCACAUUCAAUUGUGGAAGUCAAGCGGCGCUUCGAUGGUCUGGUAAAGACACCAUUGCUCCGGAACCCCGGGGAGACCCUGGUCAUCUGCCCUCGUUUGUAUUAUGAAGGCAUGAAGGACCUCUUCAUCAAGAACCCAAGGUAUAUUGCCGUGGGUGUGAGUGCAAGUGACACCUUGUUGAAGAUGAAGAUGGAGUUGUGGGAGCAGGGUUUGCUUGAAUUUGCACGAUGGGAUAAGAGUGGGGCUAUUGGACAAGCGUAUGCUAUGCCCAAACACAAGGACUUGAACCGAUUCCGUCCUAUUUGUCCUUCCUUCCCGGAGCCGACAGCUCGGACUGGGCGAGCUAUGGCCAAAGGAUUGAAUCACCUGCUCUAUGGUCUGCUGCGCGAUUGGCAUUUUAACUUGAAAGUCGUCUCGCAGUUGAAGGAAACGCUUGCUGGAUUCAACAGGAAGCUGCAGCUCGUACACCAUCAACCCGAAUUGACCGGACAGUCCUUUGACAUCAAGGAAAUGUUCAGCCAGUUACCGUAUCAGGAGAUUGUCGAUGCAGUGGAUUGGUUACUGGACUACCACAUGUCGAAGGGGAGGACUUUCGUACGAGUCAACACUCGUGGUAAGGGAGCAUCAUUCGGUUUGACGACCGGUUUUGACUAUUGGAGGAAACUUGAGUUUCGCGACCUCCGCAAUUUCGUCGUUUUUUAACUUGAACAUACAUAUACGUUGGCGUUGGGGGUGCUGGUGCAGCAAAAGGCCCACUUUCGUAGAGAAUGAUUUGCUUCGAUCCGGAAAGACAUCGGACUUCGGCGCUGUGUUAUGGCAGGGUCAAGAAGAAAGUGGUGGUAUAUGGCCGGACGCGAAUUAUUUUGCGUGCUGGUUUGCUCAUACAUACUGGUUCCUUGUCCAUAUUCCAUCUGUUCCCGAUGGUCGUGGCCGCUGCUCGGAAAACCUUAAUUGGUUUGUUCAGUUUUGUUCAGAUUUGGAAAAUGAGGAAAUAUGACACACAUUAUUCAAUAAGUAUCCUCUGAUAUUGAUGAUCCAUUGUUGUUUGGAAUUGCCAGCGGAGCACUUAUGCUGUCCUCCUUCCCAGAACAUCUCCCUUCCAGCGUCCGCUUCUCUUUUGCUUGGAGCAUGUAGGAGAGCUUCGUGUGGCUUCCCUCCGUAACAGGUAAAGUAGAUCGAAAUCGCUCUGCCGACUCCAAGCAACUGAAGUAGAUCGCAUUUUUUGCGUGUGUGUGUGUGGUCGCAUCUGCUCGUCAUUGCCUGCGUAUCCUGUCAUGAAUGGACACAGUGAGUGUCCCACUGUUGUGAAAGUGAGUCCUUGCAGGAAUGGACCGGAAUGGCCCUGGGACUCACAAUGGGCCCGACAGUUGACGGCUGAUACAUGUUAAGCUUAGUAAGGGUAGACGACGUGAUGGGACCCACAUCCGUCAGGUCAGACCCACUUUAAGGAAAAAAGAGAGCAUGAUGUAGGGAUGCUCUCCUGUAGGAAUGCUCUGCUCACAGACAGACGAUCUUCAGUGUGCUGAGGAUGAGAUGGGUGACGGACGAGUCAUUGGAGGAGUGGAUCAGGUACUUGAGGGCUGUCGUAAGCAACCUUCAAAGCGCCAGUACACCACACAUCGGCCCGCGGGUGUCAGCACGAAACCCGCACGACUUUCGGAGGCGACCAAUUUUAUGUUUUCAAUGGGGCGCCCCUCCUCACCGCACGGCGCCUCCGAGUCUUGCUUGUGGUGACAAAGUCUUCCUUGCAAGGCUGGGGCCGUGUACUAGCGGUUUAAGGGGGGCAAAACAAAAAAAAAAAAAGGUCUGGCAGUUUUUGAUCGUGCGGGGAUGCAUUCCAGAUUGAAUGCUUGCUGACAGAAGGGUGAUCUUCUCGAUGUGGUCUUUUUCCACUGUUGUCUUUUUCUUCGUCUCCCACGAUCUUGGAUGUUGAGGACCUUGUUGAAAAUCAGCAGAUGGUGCUACCCAAGUUGCUAAGUAAAUAGCCAUUACUGUC